CGGAGAUUGAAAAGAAAUUAACAGAAUGACACUGAGGCACCCCCCUUUAAACCCCUUUAGCCCCUUUAAAAGCAAUUUAUAUGAUCAGAUGUGCAUAUCGAACGCAACAUCCAAACCAGCAGGCACGGAUCCUGCCUGGCGCGCUCCGUCUGCAUCUCCGGUCAUUUCCAAGUUCUAACCCAUUUAUGUCACCCUCUUUGGUUUCCAAGUGUUGUUCGUCCCUAUUUUCUUACGUAUCUGGAAUUAUUUGUGAUUGGAUGGACGGGUGCAGGCAUGUGGUCCUCCCCCCAGAUAUUGCGAAGCACUUGCCGAAGAACAGACUGCUCUCUGAGCAAGAAUGGCGAAGUCUCGGUGUUCAGCAGUCAAGAGGAUGGAUGCACUAUGCGAUCCAUCGGCCCGAGCCGCAUAUCAUGCUCUUUCGGCGACCAUUGAAUUUCCAGCAACAGCAGCAGCAGCCACAGGCAGAUAACGCUCGUGCAGCCAACGCCAAUGCAGACGGCGGAAACGGGAGGGCGUACAAUAACCGCGGUGCGGUUCCGGACGGGAUGAAUGUUGGGGUCUAAGGGGGCUGCGGCUGCUACGAAACUGAAAUGCACACAGAUGACGACGAUGCAGAUAAGCAGAAGCCAGUGUGGUUGGGUUGGGUUGGAAAAGGUAAGGGUUCGAUGAUCGUUCUCGUAUUUCGACGAGGCUUCGUGCACAACGCAGUCGCUCGUCGUUGCCCUGAGUUAAUUUGAGCCGCACACACAAGAUGAUGACAGUAGUGAUUGCAGUGUGGGUGGGAAGGACUUGAUGACCGUUAUCGUAUGUGUGAGAGGAUGCUUGCUCGCGACGAAGUCCAUCAUCUCUGGGCCAUGUAACUCGAGCUAUAUACAUAGCGAUCAUCGAACCGAUUCUUGUCCCAAACGAUGCGCACGACAAGGCGAGGGAGGCAGGGAGGUAGGGAGCAUGUCUCUUUUCCGCUCAUCGUGAUGAGUUUGGGGAAGAUGGUUUUCCCUUCUUUUGCUCGUAAGAUGCGGUGGCCGGUGAACACGCACUGAACACUCGCCAGCCGUCUUCCGUAAGGUCUCAUUAAUUCUUUUUCUUUGUCUUUCUAUUAUUUUUCUGAAUCGGUGAAAGGAAGGCUUAAGGAUCUGAGAUUGGUUGUCUAGGCUCAAAUAAAAUUUGAAUAAACGU